UCUUAAGAACAUUGUUCCUCCAAUGACAGUCACUCUGACCCCCUGGGACCUGACUGGUCCCGCUGGUCAGAAGAGCGGAAAUCCAGGAAAGCCGCACACACUAGCCUUAAAAGAUGGAGGAGAAAUGUUCAAGGACGAAGAGAAAGUAUGGAGAGGAGAAAGAGUGACAGUAAUAGCUUAUUAGAGGUGAAGGUGGCUGGGAAAGAGGAAGAGGAGGAGUAUGGAGUAUGGAUCGAGGUUCCUUCCCAUCUCUGCCUUGAACCUAAAUGUUUCAGAGUCCAACCCGAUAUUUGUGGUUCUUUCCUGGCUACUGGCUACUGAGCCUUGGGAUUUUGCAAGUUUUAAUGUGCAGAAUCUAAACAUCCACAUCGUGACAUCAUUUUUUUUCUCUUCUACUUUUACAGACUUGAACUAUGCAUAACAAAGAACACAGCAUUACUUCAUCUUUUCAUCUUUAUUUGUGCUUGUUAGUUUGGCAGUCUGUACACAGCUAAGUGAUAGAGAAAACCAUGUCAAUACAGCAAAAUCCCAGUUUGUCUCAGUCUGUCCUGCUUUGCUAUUGCUGGUGUGGUGUGGCUGGUGUUCUGUGGAGAGCGAGUAAGCGACCACACGUGUGUGUGUUUUGGAGCUACGGGCCUCCUGCCAACUGUCACGCCUAGCUAUAAAGCACCACCGCCGCCCCGCCGCCCACCCACCACUCCGGCCACCUAGCUCCCCAGGGCUCCCCGUAGGAUGGGCCGUGGAGUGUGCGUGGCCGGGGAACACCAUGAGUGCCCUGCAGCAGCAGCAGCAGCAGUCUACCUCAGGCGGGAGUCACCAGGAGCCAGGCAGCGCCGGUCACAGAGAAGAGGCCAGAAUUGAGUGUCUGCUGUGUGGUAAAAGUUUUAGAGACAGAAGUGUACUGAGGUACCACAGCCUGAGACACAGCGGUAUUAAGGACCAUGAGUGUCAGGAGUGUGGCAAGAAAUUUACCACAAAGUUUGAGCUCACCAGACACAGCCUGACACACAGCGGUGUUAAGAAUCAUGAGUGUCUGGAGUGUGGCAGGAAAUUUACCGAAAAGUCUAACCUUUCCAAACACAGCCUGACACACAGCGGUAUUAAGAAUCAUGAGUGUCUGGAGUGUGGCAAGAAAUUUACCACAAAGAGUACUCUAACCACACACAGCCUGACACACAGUGGGGUUAAGAAUCAUGAGUGUUUGGAGUGUGGCAAGAAAUUUGCUAGAAAGAGUAACCUCACCACACACACCCUGACACACAAUGAUGUUAAGAAUCAUGAGUGUCUGGAGUGUGGCAAGCAAUUUACCAGAAAGUAUGAACUAACCAGACACACCCUGACACAUAUCGGUGUUAAGAAUCAUGAGUGUCUGGAAUGUGGCAAGAAAUUCAUCACAAAGUAUGAACUCACCUCACACAGCCUGACUCACAGCGGCGUCAGGAAUCAUGAGUGUGAGGAGUGCGGCAAGAAAUUCACUAGAAAGUCUAAUCUCACCGCACACAGCCUGACACACACUGGCAUUAGGAAUCACGAGUGUCUGGAGUGUGGCAAGAAAUUCUUAACCAGUGGUACUCUCAACAGACACACCUUCAGACACACUGGCUUGAGGGAGUUCAAGUGUGAUGUUUGUGGCAAGUGUUUCAAGACAAAGACAGAGAUUGCCCAGCACAUGAAGAUCCACUUCUGAGGUGGUGGUGGUGGUGUGUGCGAUGAAUGGUGAGACAGUUGUGUGUCCAUCAUUGUCUUCAUUAUAAUGGUGCAAUACAUUAUAACUUAUUCCCAGCAUUUGUAUUUACUGUGUUCACUUUGUCACUUUUCUUCAUCGGACAUUUGUUGUCAAAUUUAUUGAUAUUUUGUAACUUUUUUAUUGAUUUUAUUUCUAGUUUGUCGUUGAUUUGGCUUAUUAUGAAAGUGAUGUGUUCUGGUGUGUCCGGAUGAAGUGUGUUCUGCAGGACGGAGCAACACAACCAGUAAAACAUAGGAAAGAGAAAA